GCAGACAAUAGAAGAGAAGAGAAGAGAAGAGCGGUAACUGGGACUGAAGGAAAGAGAAAAGAAGAGCGGAAACUGGGACUGAAGGAAAGAGUAGAGAAGAGCGGUCACUUGGACUGAAAGAGAAGAGAAGAGAAUAGGUUUCCUUAUAGCUUCAAUGUCUGGGAUUAUAUUGCCUUUAUUACACUAUUUCUAUAGAUGUACGACUUUUCCAUCUGUGCACUAGAGGUUUGUCAGCGUAAGAGGACCCUUUGAGGGCUUGAGAAGCCGAGUCAUGAAUACAGGCAGUCAGGUACGCCUGCUACUGUGGAAGAACUGGACUCUACGCAAGAGACAGAAGAUCCGCUUCCUGGUGGAGAUUCUGUGGCCAGUGGUUCUGUUCAUUGGUCUGGUGUGGCUGAGGAAAGCCAACCCUCUUUACAAACAACAUGAAUGUCACUUCCCCAACAAGGCCAUGCCUUCCACAGGUAUCAUCCCGUGGAUCCAGGGUAUCUUCUGUAACGCCAACAACCCCUGCUUCAAACACCCUACCAGGGCAGAGGGCCCUGGGGUGGUCUCCAACUACAACAACUGCAUACUGGCGCGGUUCUGGGCUGACUCCAAUGAACUGUUGUUCGACGACCCAGAGUUCCAGCAGUUGGGUCGGCUGUGGGAGGACAUGGCCGUCAUGAACAACUUCAUGGACACCAUCUGUAACACACCAGAACAGAUAGCAGGUCGGGGUCUGAAGAUAGAGGACAUCCUGAAGGAUGAUGAGAUGUUGACAGCCUUCCUGCUGAGAGACUCUGGCUUGUCAGAGUCUGUGGUUCAUCAGCUGAUUAACGCUCAAGUCCGUCCAGAACAGUUUGCCCACGGGGUUCCAGACCUCCAGCUGAAGGACAUCGCUUGCAGCCAGGCUCUUCUGGAGAGGUUCAUCAUCUUCCCCAGCCGGAGAGGCAUGUACGGGGUGCGCAACGCCAUGUGUGCCCUGUCCCAGCAGCGCCUGCAGAAGAUAGAGGACAUGCUCUAUGCUAACGUUGACUUCUUCAAGAUCUUCAGACUGCUGCCCCGGGUGUUGGACAACCACACGGACGGACCAGACCUACGCUACUGGGGGCGUGUCCUUACCGCUGUAUCAGAGAAGGUCCAAGUGCUCUUUGAGAGGAACAGCACCAAGGACCUUCUGAAGGUGGUCUACCCAUUGUUCCAGGCUGGCGUUCCCAGCUCCUUUAGCCAGCUGAUGAGCACUGUGUCGGCCCUGUUCUGUGGGUACCCAGAGGGAGAGGGAUCCAGGGUGCUCUCCUUCAACUGGUAUGAAGACAACAACUACAAGGUGUUCCUGGGGGUGAAUGGAUCCAAGAACCACGACUAUGUCUACGACAUGACAACCACUCCGUUCUGUAAUGACCUGAUGCAGACUCUGGAGUCUAACCCGGUCACUAAGAUCGUGUGGAGUUCAGUCAAGCCUCUCUUUAUGGGGAAGAUCCUCUAUGCUCCAGACUCCCCAGCCAUCAGACUGAUACUGAAGAGUGCCAACACAACGUUUGAGGAGCUGGAGCGUCUGAUGACCAUGGGAAAGGCCUGGGAGGAGGUGGGACCUCAACUCUGGAGGUUCUUCAACAGUGGCAUCCAGAUGAACAUGAUCAGGGACACCAUCAGAAACCCCACGGUGGCAGACUUGAUAGACAAGAGUCUGGAGGACACUGAGUUCUCUUCUAAAGACAUCCUCAACUUCCUGUACAACGGGCUUGACGAGGACAGAGAGGAGACCAUGCCCAGCUUCGACUGGAGGAACAUCUUCAACCUCACAGACCAGGCCGUACGCAUGUUCAACCAGUACGGAGAGUGUAUCAGUUUGGAUAAGUUCAUGCCCCAUACAGACGAGGAUCAGCUGACCCACCAGGCUCUCUUUCUGUUGGAGGAGAAUAAAUUCUGGGCGGGGCUAGUCUUCCUGGAUGUCUAUCCCUGGACCACUACUUUGCCGCGUCACGUCAAGUACAAGAUUCGCAUGGACAUCGACCAAGUGGAGCGAACCAACAAGAUCAAAGACAGGUAUUGGGACCCUGGUCCCAGAGCAGACCCCAUGGAGGAUCUGAGGUAUAUCUGGGGUGGCUUUGCCUAUCUACAGGACAUGGUGGAGCAUGGCAUACUGAAGAUACAGACAGGACAUGACUGGCCCCUGGGAGUCUACGUACAACAGAUGCCCUACCCCUGCUACGUAGACGACCUCUUCAUGUUGACUCUGAACCGGUGCUUCCCUAUCUUCAUGGUGCUAGCGUGGAUCUACUCUGUGUCUAUGAUAGUGAAGAGCAUCGUUCUGGAGAAGGAGCUACGCCUCAAAGAGACGCUCAAGGCCAUGGGAGUGACCAACGGCGUGAUCUGGUACACCUGGUUCAUAGACAGCUUCAUCAUGAUGACCGCCAGCACAGCCCUGCUCACAGUGAUCAUUAUGGCUGGUAAGGUGUUGAACUACUCCAACCCGUUGGUAGUGUUCCUGUUCCUCCUGACGUUCACCAUGGCCACCAUUAUGCAGUGUUUCCUUCUCAGUGUGUUCUUCAACAAGGCCAACCUGGCUGCAGCCUGCAGCGGCAUCAUCUACUUCACCCUCUACCUCCCCCACAUCCUCUGUGUGGCCUGGCAGGACCGCAUCACCAAGAACACCAAGAUCACAGCGAGUCUGCUGUCCCCGGUAGCGUUUGGUUUUGGGACGGAGUACCUGUCUCGUUACGAGGAGCAGGGCCUGGGCCUGCAGUGGGACAACAUCGGCACCAGUCCCCUAGAGGGCGACGCCUACUCAUUCUUCACCUCCAUAGGCAUGAUGGCGUUUGACGCCGUGCUCUACGGCUUCCUGGCAUGGUACCUCGACAACGUCUUCCCAGGUCAGUAUGGGAUUGGACGACCGUUCUACUUCCCAUUCCAGCCCUCCUAUUGGCAAAGGUCUGAACCCUCUCUCUCCAACACUCCAGACUCAGGUCCAGAGAAGUCCGACGUGGACAAGGACGUAGACAGUAUGUGUUCACCUAGGAGGUGUAACGGUGCGGGGGCAAGGAAACCCUGCAAACACCAGGACAAGAGAGAGAAGAUGGAGAGAGAGAGGGAGGAGGUGCUGAAACGACAGGAAGAAGAACAGAACAAAGAGGAACAGGAAGAGGAUCUGACAGCUCAGUUGUUCUUCGAGCCGGAGCCAGCAGGGCUGACCGUGGGGGUAGAGAUUCAGGACUUGGUCAAGGUGUUUCCUGGGGGCUCCCGUCCCGCCGUGGAUCACCUCAGCAUCGCCUUCUACGAGGGGCAGAUCACAUCGUUCCUGGGACACAACGGUGCCGGGAAAACCACCACCAUGUCUAUCCUGACUGGUCUGUUCCCUCCUACAUCUGGAACAGCCUUUAUCAACGGGAGAGACAUCAGGACCGACAUGGACAGCAUCCGCACAUCCAUGGGCAUGUGUCCCCAGUACAAUAUCCUCUUCAAACAUCUAACGGUGGAGGAACACAUCCUGUUCUACUCCAUGCUGAAGGGCACGUCUCAGGCUGAGGCUCAACAGGCGGUCGAGGACAUGUUGGAGGAUCUGGGCCUGCCUCACAAGAGAGACGAGGAGGCACAAAACCUCUCAGGCGGUAUGCAGAGGAAGCUGUCUGUUGCUAUGGCGUUUGUUGGGGGGUCAAAGAUUGUGAUCCUGGAUGAGCCCACGUCGGGGGUCGACCCUUACUCCAGACGAUCCAUCUGGGACCUGCUACUCAAAUACCGCACAGGCCGUACAGUGAUCCUGUCCACUCACCACAUGGACGAGGCCGACCUGUUGUCUGACCGUGUAGCCAUCAUCUCUAAGGGCCAGCUCCAUUGCUGCGGCUCCCCCCUCUUCCUCAAGAACUGCUUCGGAGUGGGAUUCUACCUCACCCUGGUCCGACGCAUGAAGGAUAUGAGGAAAAAAGAGAAUGAGUGUGACUGUGCCUCAGAGUGUUCCUGUACCUGUUCCACCUGCACCAAAGUCAAAGAGGAAUCCCAGGGCCAGUCCAUGCAGCUGGAGAGAGCUCUGGAUGGUGAUGUGGACAACAUCACCACGCUGAUCCAUCACCACGUCCCAGAAGCCAAGCUGAUCGAGGCCAUCGGCCAGGAGCUGACCUUCCUGCUGCCCAACAAGGGCUUCAAGCACCGGGCCUACGCCUCCCUCUUCAGAGAGCUGGAGGAAACACUGGGAGACAUGGGCCUCAGCAGCUUCGGCAUCUCUGACACCUCACUGGAGGAGAUCUUUCUGAAGGUGACAGCAGAUGGGGAGGCAGCAGCCAAUACCAAAACUCCAGAACAGUGGAUGUUGCUGAAGAGAACAAAAGGCUGCAAUAAAGUUGGUGUGGAGGAGGAUGAACCUGAAGAGGCUAACGGUUUGAAGCAGGCCAACGGUGAGGGUAACCAUGCCGACGACAGCAGCGCUGGGAAAGGGUCGAGGCAGGUCAAAGGAGCCAAUCUGGUCAUAAAGCAGUUCCUGGCCCUGCUGGUCAAGAGGUUUCACCACGCUACCAGAUCAUACAAAGACUUCCUCGCACAGAUCGUCCUGCCUGCUAGCUUCGUCCUGAUAGCCCUGAUCUUCACCAUGAUUGUACCUCCAUUUGGAGAGUACCCUCCCCUCACUCUCACUCCCUGGAUGUACGGUCAGCAGUUCACAUUUUUCAGUAACGAGCGACUGGAAAACUACCAGAUGAGACAUUUCACCAAGGUGUUGCUGAACCCGCCGGGCCUUGGGACUCGCUGUAUGGCAGGAGAACCUCUAAAAAACCUGCCCUGUGGGAACGAGACAUUGGGCUGGGAUACACCUGAGGUUUCUCCAAUAGCCAAUAACAUCAUGCAGAGCCCUGAGUGGCACCCGCUAAACCCCUCCCCUUCCUGCCAGUGCAGCACCAAUAAGAAGCUGACUAUGUUACCCAUCUGUCCAAUCGGAGCUGGGGGGCUGCCCCCUAUGCAGAGGAAAGAGGCCACGGGGGAUACGCUACUGGAUCUGACUGAUAGAAACAUUACAGACUACUUGGUUAAAACCUACCCCAGGCUCAUCAGAGAAAGUUUGAAGAGCAAAUACUGGGUGAAUGAACAAAGGUACGGAGGCCUGUCUGUUGGAGGUCAGCUGCCCAUACUGGAAGUCAGCCCUAAACAGAUCCAGGAUACCCUCACUCAGCUGAUGAAGAUGCUCAACGUCACUGGGGGUCCCUACACGAAGCUAUCGCUGCAGGAGAUUGGACCUUUCCUCAGAUACAUGGAAAGUGAAUACAAUGUCAAGGUCUGGUAUAACAACAAAGGCUGGCACGCCAUGGUAGCCUUCAUGAAUGUGGCCAACAACGCCAUUCUGAGGGCCCACCUGCCUCGUAACGUUGACCCCAUGGAGUAUGGCAUCACAGCCAUCAACCACCCCCUCAACCUCACCAAGGAACAACUGUCUGAAGUCACUGUGUUGAAGACAUCAGUAGACGCGGUGACAGCUAUCUGUGUGAUCUUUGCCAUGUCCUUCAUCCCAGCCUCCUUUGUUCUCUACCUGAUCCAGGAGAGAGUCACGAAGGCUAAACACCUCCAGUUCGUCAGUGGGGUCAGCCCCCUGGUCUACUGGUUAGCCAACUUCUUCUGGGACAUGAUGAACUACUCGCUCAGUACAGCCAUGGUGGUGGGCAUCUUUGUGGCCUUCGACAAGAAGUGUUACACCUCACCCACCAACCUGCCAGCCCUGGUUCUCCUGCUCUUCCUGUAUGGGUGGUCAGUAACCCCCAUGAUGUACCCCAUGUCGUACAUCUUUAACAUCCCCAGUACGGCCUACGUCUCUCUGUCCUGCAUCAACCUGUUCAUCGGCAUCAACAGCAGCGCCCUCACAUUCAUAUUGGAACUGUUCGAGAACAACCGGGCCUUGUUAGAGUUCAAUGAGUGGCUGAAGAAAGGUCUCCUGGUGUUCCCUCACUUCUGUCUGGGCCGGGGUCUGAUUGACAUGGCUAUGAACCAGGCGGUGACUGAUGUCUACGCACACUUUGGUGAGGACCGUGCCAUGAACCCGUUCAAAUGGGACUUUGUAGGGAAGAACCUGGUCUUCAUGGCUGUGGAGGGAUUUGUGUAUUUCCUCUUCAACAUCCUCAUACAGUACCGCUUCUUCCUGGACCACUGGUUAUCAGACUUCCGAGGGCCCCCUCCUAAAGAUGAGGACGAGGACGUGGCGGUGGAGAGAGAGAGGAUCUACAACGGAGGGAACAAGAGUGACAUUCUACAGAUCAGAGACCUCUGCAAGACGUACUCUGGGAAGAAGAGACAAGCAGUGGACAGGAUCUGUGUGGGCGUGCCUGCAGGAGAGUGUUUUGGUCUGUUAGGAGUGAACGGGGCAGGGAAGACCACCACCUUCAAGAUGUUGACUGGAGACACAGACGUUAGUUCCGGAGAGGCCACUGUCGCUGGAUACAGUAUCCUGUCAGACAUGUUGGAUGUGCAUCAGAACAUGGGCUACUGCCCCCAGUUUGAUGCUAUAGACGACCUGCUGACAGGCAGGGAACACCUGUACCUCUACGCUCGCCUCCGAGGGGUCCCUGAGUCAGACAUCAGCAGAGUGGCAGAGUGGGGCAUCCAGAAGCUGGGCCUAUCAGAGUAUGCUGGUCGCUGUGCAGGAACAUACAGCGGAGGCAACAAGAGGAAGCUCUCCACAGCCAUCGCUAUGAUUGGCUGCCCAGCCCUGGUUCUACUGGAUGAACCCACUACAGGUAUGGACCCCCACUCCAGGAGGUUCCUGUGGACUGCCAUUAUGAGUGUCAUCCAGGACGGGAGGGCUGUGGUUCUGACAUCACACAGUAUGGAGGAGUGUGAAGCUCUGUGCACUCGUUUGGCCAUCAUGGUCAACGGCACCUUCAAGUGUCUGGGAACCAUACAGCACCUCAAAUACAAGUUUGGUGAUGGCUAUGUGGUGACCAUGAAGGUAAAGGCAGCUAAAGCAGGCGUGUCUCCAGACUUGGGUCCAGCGGAGAGCUUCAUGGAAAGCAGCUUCCCGGGUUGUGUCCAGAGAGAGAAGCACUACAACACUCUGCAGUAUGAGAUCGCCGCCUCCUCCCUGGCUAGGAUCUUCCAGCUAGUGGUCGCCAACAAGGACAAACUCAACAUAGAGGACUACUCUGUAUCACAGACCACACUAGAUCAGGUGUUUGUGAACUUUGCUAAGCAGCAGGCAGGAGAGGAUGAGGACGUUGUCUUACAACCCCGAGCGGUCAACACACGCAAAGAAACACAAAAUGUCCCCACGAAACGCAAGGUCUCCCCCGUCAAGAUAAAAACCAGAAGACAAAAUAAAACUUGAAAGUCAAUCUGUGAAAAUAUGACUUCCUACAGAAUGCAUUGUCUAACUUUUUAAUGCAGAAAACCGACUAAAUAUAUUGUAAUAUCUAGACAUGCACAGGCACUGGCAGUAUUAUUUAAAAAAACAUUUUUAAAUUAAUUAUGGUUAGAUUUACUAAUUAUAUUUGGAAUAUGUUCCUUAGACUUUGGAAGUCAUAUUUUUCUUUUUAGAUGUUGAUUGUGCAUUGUGUAAAAGGGUUGCCCAAGACAAGACAAGAGGUAAUGUUUGCAGGACACAGACAUCAGGUUGACAGCAGAUGCUUUACUAUUGUUCCUCAAACACACCAGGGGUGUAUCUCAAUAGUCUGAAGUGGCUUCCUCUCCUCAUGUCCUUUCUCUUUCACUUGUUCAGUGAAAUCAGACCCAGUGAAGAGGAAGCAGCCCCCUUGUUCAGUGAAAUCAGACCCAGUGAAGAGGAAGCAGCCCCCCUUGUUCAGUGAAAUCAGACCCAGUGAAGAGGAAGCAGCCCCCCUUGUUCAGUGAAAUCAGACCCAGUGAAGAGGAAGCAGCCCCCCUUGUUCAGUGAAAUCAGACCCAGUGAAGAGGAAGCAGCCCCCUUGGUUUAUAGUAGUUUGUGAAAUACACACCUACACAGAGAAAAGGUUCCCUAUUUAUUUUUAACGCAGUAUCAAUAUGGGACCACAAGGUGGCGCUGCCUUUACACUGACAUUUAUUUACAAAAACUAAUAAUAAUGUUUAGAUAACUUCUAUAGCCUUUCAAAUAAUGUAGCAAUAUCUUGCCUGGCUUAUAUAUAUGUAUAUAUAUUUUAUUUACAUUUUCAGCACUUUAGGAUGGUAUUCAUUUUCUUACAAUCACAUUGACAUUUUAGUCAUUUAGCAGAAGCUCUUGUGCAGAGCGACUUACAGUUAGUGAGUUCAUCUUAAGAUAGCCAGGUGGGUCAACCACAUAUCACAGUCAUAGUAAGCACAGCUUUAUAUGCUCAGCUAAUAUAUAGUACAGGGAGAAAAUGUUAUCCACAGAGGGCUGUGUGGGUGCAGGCUUUCGUUCUAGCCAAGCAGUCUCGAUUGAAGACUAUAACUCUCAGUUGAUUGGUUGAAUCAGGUGAGUUUCUGCUUGGCUGGAACGAAAGCCUGCACGUACAACCUAUUUGUGGAUAAGGUGUAGGCUACCACUCCUGUUAUGGUGGAUUCAAACACAACGCACACAAUGUAGCAAAACAAACCGCCCCAAAAAUAUGAUUUUUCCUUUCGCAUUUAAAUUUAUUGUUACCAUUUUUUGAAUUGUUUUCAACUCUUUUCAGUCAUUGUUUUUUGUUGUUGUUGUCUUUGUUUGUCAAUUGAAAUGUCAUGAUAUCUGUGAAGUUAACAUGUCACAAAUGCUGUUUCUAAACAAGAAAACCAUGCAAAUGGUUAACGCUUCCAUUUCCUAGAUCAGGGAUGGGAAACUUUGAUGGGGGUGGGGGGGCCACAAAAAAAAAUCUGAACUCAGCAUGAGGGGGGACAUAGUUGCUCGCGGUUCUCUAUACCCACAUGUGCUUACAUUUUAGAGUUAAUUUCGUGCAAUUCUAGACAUUUUGCCAUGGGGCGGAGAGAAGAUUUUGCAAUUUCAUAACUAAUUUAAUGCAAUUCUACUAAUUUAGCCAUGGGGCGGAGAACAAAAAGGAGAUGUUUUACAGCUAAUUUCCUGUAAUUACUACACAUUUUUCCAUAGGGUGGAGAGAAAUGUGAUAUCUGAGUGAGACUGACUAACAAAAUCAAUGGGGGCCCCCCGGCCGGUAAUUCAACCAUGAUUACUAAGUUCAGAUAGCUGGCCGACUAGACUAAUUUACUAAUCAAAUUUGUUUUUGCUGAUUGACUGACAUAACAAGAGACGACCUGCUGAUGCACAACCCCCCCCCCCCCUUCAAAAGAGGGGGGCCCUCGCAGACUGCCAGGUCCCCAUCCCUGUCCCAGCUAGCAUUACUAGUGAGAAUAGAUUUGUGUAUCAACUUCGAUUGAUGCAAUUGAUGCCAUGCUUUUCCGGCAAAACACAGGGCCCUGCUAAAUCCAAAUGGGUUCAUUAAUAACACAGUUACUGUGGAAAAAAAGAAACACACUGCAAAACAAACAAAUUAAAACAAAUAAAAUAAAAUAUGAUUAAUAUCACACAAAUAAAAUACUAUAGUUACCUAAACACAGUCUGACCCUGAAAAAAAGCCUAACAUCUGUUUUGACUAAACAGGGCUCUCAGUCCUUCAACAGAGGAACAAGUGCACUAGACUUCAAGUGCACUAGACUUCAAGUGCGCUAGGUUCAAGGGCACUACUGUACCAGUGUACACAUUGUCACCCACAUGAGCUGUGCUGCAACAACGAUUAUGGUGAAUAAAAACGUUCAAUUCUC